CGCUUUAUUAAUCUGUGCCCUUGAGAAAACCACGACACCACUUUGGACAUUAAAUCUCAUAUUUAGAAGGGGAGUUACAGUAAAAGCAAAUACUGUACAAACCUCUUCAUAUGUCCUCUUUUCUCCUUAUAAAAUGUAAUCUUGCGCAAUAAACUUUUACUGUGAUAUGGCAUAUUGUUAUCUGUCUCUCUUCAUGGUCCCUGAUAUCAGAUCUCUGCUGCUCAGUCUGGGUCUUGAGAUUAUACCUGUCUAAGUGGGCUGUAGAAUAGGGGGUGUGGUUAAUGUUGGGGUUGGGAAAUUUUCCUUAUUUUCAAAAGUUGACAAGUACAGUAGGUGGGAGGGCUUAAGGAAGUCUGCUAAACUAGUGGAUGCUUAAACACAGUCUGAAUGGGAUGUGACAACAUGGCUAACAUCUCACUCUCGCCUGUGAAGGAGUGUUUCCUUUGCUCUUCUUUAAAAGACUCGGUUGUUUUAAGAUGCUGUCACAGUUUGUGUAAAAGCUGCUUACAGAGCUACUGGGAGUUCAACAAGACUCUGGAUUGUCCUGUUUGUUUAAAGGAGACUCACUGUUCUGUGCUCAUGCAGGAUCUGAGUGUUUCCUGCUUUGCCACAGUGCGUAAAUUCUCUCAGGACAGCAACGCAAAACCAAACCAUGCUAGGAAAGCAGAAACUGUGAUGAGGGAGCAGUCAAGUGAAACCAGGGAUGAGGAGGUAGAUACAGAUGUGAUGCUACAUGACGCUUCAACAAGUGAAUCUGAAGAGGAACCUCAUCCACCACCCACAGCUACAUCUAAAUCAUUGAGGUCCAUCCUGUGUCCAAAAUGCGGCAAGAGAUUCGAAAAAAAAUCUGACCUGAGAGCCCACAAAAAAGUGCACGUCUUAAGAAAGCCGCACCAGUGCUCCACCUGUGGAAAGAGUUAUGCUCGUAAAGAUGAGCUCACUUUACACAUGCGUCUGCACACAGGUGAGAAGCUGUUUAACUGCUCUUACUGCAACAAAAACUUCACCAGAGAAAAAUGUUUAAAGUCCCAUUUAAGGAGCCACACAGGGGAAAAGCCGUUCUCUUGUUCUCAAUGUGGGAAAAGUUUUUCUCUAAAAUGUUCCCUAAAAACUCACCUGCGGUUACAUGCAGGCAAUCUGCCUUAUCAGUGUGAUAAUUGCGGGAAGCUUUUCAACACUGCAGCUGCUAUGAGGAUGCACAUGUUGACCCACACCAGAGAGAGCGCUUUCCCAUGUCCACAUUGUGACAAAAAGUUUAUCCGAAAGGAUGAGCUAAAGACUCACCUGUAUAGCCAUUCUGGGAUCAAACCUUUUAGCUGUUCAGUGUGUGGGAAGAGUUUCCUAUCGAAGCAGGUACUUAACAUUCAUCAGGUCAUUCACAAGGAUGACCGCCCCUUUCACUGCACACAGUGCGAGAAAAGCUUUAAAAGGAUGAGCCAUCUGACAUCACACAUAAAGACCCACAGCUCUGACACCCCUUACAAGUGCACCUACUGCAGCAAAUCCUUCAAACUUCCCUUCUACCUAAAACUGCACGAGCGUAUUCACACUGGAGAGAAGCCUUACAGAUGUGAGCAGUGUGGAAAAAGCUUUCGUUUAUCAGGUGAUUGCACCAAACAUCAGGCUGUACAUUCAGAGGAAAAACGGUACAAGUGCUCAAUCUGUGAUAUGAGGUUUCGCUUCAGCAGUUCGCUGAGGAACCACAAAGUCAUUCACUCUGAGGACAAACCUUACCACUGUGAGAAGUGUGGAAAGAGCUUUAAAAGACUCAAUAUCUUAAAAAACCACAAGUUGAUCCACACUGAUGAAAGACAUUUCAAGUGUUCUCAAUGUGAUUUGGCUUUCAAGACUUCAUCUUCGCUCAGGUUACACAAAAUGAUUCACUCCAAGACCCUGCUACACUGCAGCAUCUGUGACAAAACCUUCACUCGCCAAAAAUCGUUCAAAAUUCAUCAAGACAUUCAUGCAGGGAUUCAAGUCUACAAAUGCUCUGAGUGUGGAAAAUGUCUGAGCUCGGAAAGUUGCUUGAAAAAUCACAUGGAGCAACACUUUGAAAAGAAAAUCUAUCACUGUGGUGACUGCGAGAAGAGUUUCAGAUCAGUGGCCUACCUGAGGAAGCACCAGAAGAUGGCGCACAUUGAUGAGAAGCUGUAAAUAAUACCAAAGGGAUACUGGUUACUCACCAGCUGCAACAUUCAGGAGAGAAGGUAUACUUGCUCCCAUUGCAGGCAUUGGUUACGUGAAAUGUAGUUACUAUAUAAUACUGUAUAGUAUGUAGUUUUAUGUAUGCAUGCAAUUAGAUUUGUAUAUAAAAAAGUUAAUGUGAGAAUUAUAUUUUUCAUUUACACAACACCUGUACAAUGCUCAUGCGUCAAGACCCAGAAGAAUUGCUAAAAUAUUACUGCAAGAGAGAAUUAACAAUUAUAACAGAUAAAAUUGUAGUCAAUGUAUGCUUUAUUUCUUUUCAACUUUUUUUUUUUUCUAUGCAAUUUUUGUAUUUUCAAAUAAAACUUGCAUUCCAUAAUAUGUUUGUUAGAAUUAAGAGGUUGUUUUCCCACACACCACAUUUAUACAUUUAAUGUUUUUCAUAUAAGUAUUUCAUAUAAUAAAAGGUGAACUUUAGCUCUGCACUCACACGUUUAAUAUAUUCAGCUACUUCUAUUUAUGUCACAUAGCCAACUAAACUUAAAGCGGAAUUGAACCCUAGACAUUUUAGCCUGUUAUCACGGGUAAUUUAUGUCCAUUUUGCAUUUUACAUGAGAAAAAAAACCAUUUUGAUUAUUAGAUUGAUAGUGUGUUGAAGCGGAAUUUUCGUAACGGUCGUUGAUGGACUCGUUGAUGGACUCAAUUAAACAGAAUGCACU